AUGUUAUUUUUAUUGCCUUUGUUCUUUUUUUAUCCUGCUAUCUAUCUAUCUAUCUAUCUAUCUAUCUAUCUAUCUAUCUAUCUAUCUAUCCUUUUAUUAAAUUUUCUUCCUUUCAUUUGUGCUUUCUUUUACUUUUUCACUAAUUUUUUUCGUUGCUUUCAGAAGUACUUUUAUCCUUUUCUUCAUUCAAAUUUAUUUCUUUUUUUCAUUUUUUGUUCUUUUAUUGCUAUCUGUCUAUCUUUUCCUUAUAUUUUUUGGCAUUUUAUUUUAUUUUUUAUCCGUGUUUUAACUUUAGAUCUUUCUUUUUAUUUCUUCAUUCAUUAUGUUUUUAUUUUUUCUGAAGUACUUUCUUUCUUUCUUUCUUUCUUUCUUUCUUUCUUUCUUUCUUUCUUUCUGCUCAGUCCGUCCAAGCGUACUAUAUUUUCCUUUCUUCGCCUUAUUCUUUCUUUUUUUCUUUCUUUCAUUCAUUCUUUCUUUCUUUCUUUCUUUGUUUUCAUAACUGCUUUUAUUUGCUUUGUUUCACUUUUUAUUUAUUCUUCGAUAAAGAUCGUUUUUAGUAUAACCCCCCUCUUUAACGUUAUUUCUUUACUUUCAUUCAUACAUUCAUUCAGCUUUCUUCUUUAUUUUGUUUUUUUUCUGACAUUUUAUCUGAUUUUUCUUUCCCAUCUUUAUUCCAUAUCGUUCUUUCCCCCCCACUUUCCUUCUGUUGUGAUCGAUCUCUUUUUUUUCUUCCCUCAUUGGCUUUAUCUGUUUUUUUUUUUGUUUUUCAUUCGUUACAUUUCUUUCUUUUGGAGCCUGCCUUCCUUCCUUCCAGUUUUUAUACUCUUUAUUAUGGUGUGGUACCAUAAAUAA